CCAGCUCCCCUCGUCUCUGCUUAACGACAAGAAGUACCUGGAGGCAAACGGAGUCCUAGAUCGUUCUUACAUCGUGGGCGUCAACAACGGUGAAGGCAUUGGCUUCUUCCGAGGCACUAUCUUCCGUGCAGGCUCCCUGGAAGCGGCAUUGAAGAUCGACAACAUCAGCUCCUACAUCAGCUCCUCCAUUGACGCCGUCUCCCCCUACUUCCCAAGCCAGGCCGUGCUGGACAUUGUGACGUACGAGUAUGCCUACCCCCUGGGCACACAGGGGACGGCUGACGUCCAGGGUAUGGUGGACCUUCAGACAGACACCAUGUUCCUGGUACCGGCUGUCCAGUUUGCCCGGCUCCUGCUCCAGGCCUCUGACCGCACCGACGUUUUCCUCUAUCUGUUUGACCACUAUCCUAAGCUGAGAGACCCCAGCUCUCCAUUCAAGGGCACGAACCACGCUCUGGAGAUGGUCUACCUCUUGGACAAGUCCCCCAUCUUCGUCAGCAGCGGUAUGUUGGACUACACGGCCAUAGACGAGCCCAGCGAGGAGCCAGUCUUUGACGUCUUCGCCGGAGCUCUCAGCACGUUCGCCAAGACAGGCGAUCCCAGCAGGGUCAGACCGAACGGUCAAACCGUUUCAUGGCCUCGUUAUGACCGGGAGCAAGAGUACUACCUGGCUAUAGCAGGCGAUCCCCAGACGAGGACACGACUUGCCGCCAAAAGGGUCGCUUUGUGGACUGAGUUUCUGCCCACUAUGAAAAAGUAGCUUCAGUUGGAUGAGGGAGGACUUCUUCUGAUCUCAUUUUUACUUUAAAACUUCUUCAUCAGUAAAAGCGGGGGCCAACUGACGCUAAGAACAAACAUUAUUAAUCUGUGAAUUUUAGAAAAAGCAUCUCCUAAGCCAUCAGUACUUCUUCGGUCUCUUCUUUUACAUCUUGAAAUAAAUUCUACCACUCACCACCUCAUAUUUUUUAACUUUGUAAUGAACAUCAAACUUUGUGGUAUUAUUUUUUUUAUAUAAAUUAAAAACUCAAAAACUGUAUCUCGUCUCACAUGUAUGUACAUACAUCGUGUAUCAAAUAAUCCAAACUGGC